AUGGGUACCAAAAUCCUCCUCUUCACAGCAAGUGCCAUAGUCCUCCUCUCAACAUUCUACCAAUUCGCUCUCAGAGACUUCAUCUUCAUAACUCUAGGCGUUGGUCGUCAUCAUCAGAAGAUUUCUGAAUUCCCGUACAAAUGUCGGCGUCUGCAUUCUCCACUUUUGGAAUCAUGUGAAGACAUGGUCAUCGAUGAAGAAGGAAGGGCGUUAUAUGCUGCUUGUUCUUCAGUUGCCAGUCGCAGAGAAUGGAGUCCUGGGGGAGAUAAAUAUGACAUCUCAGCGAGAGAUCUGCGGGAUCACGUGUCGGUUCUCGAUCUUGAUCAUCCAGGAGAAGACGGACUCUUUGGUCUUCGGACCUUGACAAUCACAGGAGAUUACCGCUCUUCAAGCGGAGGCAAAGAAAUCGAUGUCCAUGGCCUGGACGUCGAACAUCUAUCUCCCACUCGUCUCCGUUUCUGGAUGAUCAACCACAGACCCCCAGUCGACGCAGAAGGAAACGCCCUAGACCCAAAAGUCGUUGGAGCAAACUCCACCAUCGAAGUCUUCGAGCAUGAAAAAGGGAGUCAGAACCUAGAAUGGAUAAGAACGAUCUCCGACGACGCAGUAUCCACUCCAAACAACCUCGUAGCAGCCGGAGAUGGCGGUGUCCUAAUAACCAACGACCACACCUCCAAAACCGGCCGACUCCGCCGCCUCGAAAUGAUCCUCGGCGGCGGCUCCGUCGCCUACUGCCCACCCACUUCCUUGUCUUCCCCAACACAAACCUGCAACCUAGCCCUCACCACCGCCUUCAAAUUCGCCAACGGCAUCGCCCUCCUCCCCAACAACGAGGUCCUAGUCGCCCACUCAGCCAAAGGCCACCUAACCUCCCACACCUUUUUUCCCUCCAACCGGACCUUAUCUCCCGGACAAACCAUCCCCGUAAACAUGCCCAUGGACAACCUCUCCGUCGAUAUUCACGGCGAUAUCUACGUCGCCGCGUUCCCGAAAGUUCUAGCGCUGAUUGAAGCCAUGGACGGAGAGAAGCGGCCAGACGGGGAAUGGGUCGAGAUUCCCAGCACGGUUUUUAGGGUUAGGAAAGAGGGGGCGACGUGGGUGGUCGAGAAGGUGCUGGAGGAUGUGGAGGGGAGCGUGUUGCCGGGUAGUACGGUUGCAGCGAGGGAUGGGGUGACGGGAAUGCUUUGGUUGGGUGGGGUGGCUAGUCCGUUUGUGGGUGUUUGUGUGCCGGUGUAG